GCCAAGGUAGAGCGUGCCGAGGAGAGGGAGGAGGGAGCAGGGGGCUGAGCUGAUCCCACGUGUGACGCUUUCAUUCCCGGCUCAGUAAUAUUCUCAUAGCGGGGCUUUGCAUAUCUCCUGCCGUAUCUGUGUGUGUCUGUCACUGUUACUGUAGUCCCAGCCUAUAGUUUGAAAUAGAUAUGGAAGGAGACGGGAGUCAAGCCACAUCCGGAAGCCUAAAUGAUUCACAACAUGACCCGGGUAAAAUGUUUAUCGGUGGCCUCAGCUGGCAAACCUCACCAGACAGCCUUAGAGACUAUUUUAGUAAAUUCGGAGAAAUAAGAGAAUGUAUGGUGAUGAGAGACCCCACGACAAAACGCUCAAGAGGAUUUGGGUUUGUUACAUUUACAGAUGCUGCCAGUGUAGAUAAAGUCUUAGCUCAACAACACCACGAAUUAGACUCAAAGACGAUUGAUCCUAAGGUUGCCUUUCCACGUCGCGCCCAGCCUAAGAUGGUCACAAGAACAAAGAAAAUUUUUGUGGGUGGCUUGUCAGCCAAUACAGUAGUGGAAGACGUGAAGCAGUAUUUCGAACAGUUUGGGAAGGUUGACGAUGCCAUGCUUAUGUUUGAUAAGACGACCAACAGACAUAGAGGAUUUGGCUUCAUAACUUUUGAGAGUGAAGACAUCGUAGAGAAAGUCUGUGAAAUUCAUUUUCAUGAAAUCAAUAACAAAAUGGUAGAAUGUAAGAAGGCCCAGCCCAAGGAGGUGAUGUUCCCACCAGGUACACGAGGGCGAGCCAGGGGUCUGCCCUACACCAUGGAUGCCUUCAUGCUGGGGAUGGGCAUGCUGAGCUACCCUAAUAUUGUGGCAACGUACGGCCGCGGAUACACUGGAUUCGCACCCAGCUACAGCUACCAGUUCCCCGGCUUCCCAGCAACAGCAUACGGACCGGUGGCGGCAGCGGCGGUAGCGGCAGCGCGUGGCUCAGGUAGGGGGGCCCGUGGAAGAGGCGGCUACUUGGCGUACCCACAGAGCACAGGGCCAGGCCUCCCCGAUUAUGGGUUUUACUCUACGCCCAGUGACCAGAGGGGGGGGCCCUGCUCCUUUGCUGACUAUGGCUCCCUGGGGCCCCAAGCGGCUCAGAUGCUGCACAGUGAGCAUGCCACCUCCGCCUGCAACUCCCCCCUCCAGCACCUACACAGCCCGGAUCAAUUUAAGAACCCAGGCGCCAACCCGUCAAGGCCCGGAGGUUUCCCCGGUGCUAACAGUCCAGGGCCUGUGGCUGACCUGUACGGACCUAGCAGCCAGGAUUCAGCUGUGGGCAACUACAUCAGUGCCGCUAGCCCUCAGCCUGGCUCCGGGUUUGGCCCCAGCAUCACCGGCCCGUUGAUUGCGACAGCUUUUACAAAUGGAUACCAUUGAACAGGUGGCCGGUUGCCAUCUCAUCAGAGCAGAGUAUAUCUGGUGGCCCAGGAAAGACAGGACGAAGUUUCUAAUUGGCUUUGUGUGCAGGUGAUGCUAUCCAACUUCAAGCACUACAGCGUCACCGAGGCAAAAAGAACGAGAGUCGGAACCAUAUGAAGAAGAAAAGAAAAACGUUAGUCAUCUCAGAAAAAUAACAACUGCUGUACUAUAAUCCAAACCUCCUAUAACUUUACGACCUGGUUUGGUCUGAUGUUUCACGUCGAUUUCAUUCACCAAUUUCCUUCCUCUGUUAGCUUUUGUUUUGAUUAGUUUUUAGGGAGUCAUUUUAGUUUUAACCUUUAAGUUCUGUGUCAUUUUAUUUGACCUUAUAGUAUAUUUGUGUAUUUGUUUGAAGUGCGGGGGUCAUAGCCAAGAAUAUCUGCAAGUCAUGUCUUCAUCUUUGUAGUGUAAAGGAGAAACGAUUGGGUGUCCCAUUCAGUCUUUCUGCAAGAAAAAAAAAGAAGCUCAGUGUGGAGAGAAUCGGAAGGAAAAAAAAUACAUUUUAAGGAAACUUUAAAGAGGGUAUCUAAGUAAUAAAUCUUAGUAGCUGUUUUAUUUCAUGUGAUGUCUCAUUGUUAACCAUAAUUACCUAUUUUUGGGCAAUACAAAGAGGACUCCAAUAUUUUUAUGGUCCUUUUUUAUAAGUGUUGUUUUUGUUGUUUAGAAAUAUAUAUAUAUGCUAUAACAAAUUUCAUAUAACUACAUUGUGAAUUCAAACUUGAGAAAAAGAAAUGUAGCUGUACAUAUUAUUCCAGUCACUGCAUAUAACCAACUCAGUGAGAGAAUAGCAUAUUUUUGUGAUGGUGUGUCAAAAGAACAUGUUAUAGCGUGUGAAUAGAAGAAAAAGCUGUAAACAGUUAUUAUUAUACUUUUUCUGCUGGAAGACGGUAUAAACGACCCCAGAGACAAACAGAACACACUUUCUCUGUAAAUACUGAAAGCCGAAUAAUUUUACAAGUGUCAUACCAGCAAAUUUACAAACGGUGAGUUAAGUCAACACAGUUUCAAGAAAAGAAAGAAGAAAAAAAAGAGCCUGAUUGGUAUCUUUUGUUUAACUGCUAAGAUAUCAGUAUCAUUCAAAGAGAGAGAGAGGAAGAAGAAGAAGGAAAAAAAAGAUGAUAAAUCCAAAGCACACUGUACUUAGAUGUGAAGAUUAGAACUUGUACCAGGCAUUUUACAGUGUCUGUGCGUCCUGACACUUUUAUACUCUGGAGAGGAACUUAAGUGUGUUAUUGUUUGUUCCAUCCUGCUUGUUCCCGAUUCGUUGUUGUAGGAACACGAGAUCUGGGCUCUGCCUCUGGAGCCUUUACGUAACGCGUGUUCUCUGAAUCAGUUCUCCGAUGAGCGAAUUAGGAAAGUCAACAUUUUGAUACCAUACCUCAGCCUUUGCGAGUCCCACCGUGGAAUCAUUGGCAGGUUUUAAUUUAUUCGAGUGGCAAAGUAAAUGAAAAACACUGAAAGGUAAUAAAGCGAGUAAUCAUUGCACUGUGAGUAGUAAAGUACAGGCCAUUUUCCUAUUUGCACAUGUUUAUGUCGGCUUUUUAAAAAAGAAAAACGGCCCUGUGCUUUGGGAUAGUAUGAAGGAUUUUGGGGUUAACGUAUUCUCGACUAGACAAACGCUUCAGAGUUGUGAGGUGAGUUAACAGCUUGGGAAGUAGUAACUGAUAUGUUGCAGUGUACGCUUGGAUCUCUUUAUAUAUUGGACCCAUGUCUCAUCUAAAGAUAUUUAUACAGGGUUAAAAGAUGACACUGAAUUAUUCACUCUCUGUCGCUGCACCAGGUUUUACACAGUGUGUGUGUGCCUAAUGAUUUUACUCAUGACGAACAUUUAAUAAUAAUAUGCUCCGCUCCGGUUUUUAAGAGUCAUCAAUGGAAUGAAUGGCGUGUCUUCUGAAAUACUUUACCUGCGGCAGGUGUACAUGUUGUUUUCAUUUUACCCACUUCUUGUCUCAUUUCUUUUAUGUUCAAAACAACCAGGUAAAGAAAUAUGCUGGAUACUUCUAAAGUAAAAUGAUAUGGAGGUGUGAUCAAGUAAUAAUUUAAAGAGUAAAGAAAAAAAGACAACCCUUGUAAUGUUCAAAUGUAAAAGAAAAUAAGAAAUACAAAACUAUAAAAAAAAAAAAAAAGAAAGAUGCUUCUUUGCUGAUUUCAAGUUUAAUCAGAGUUUUAUUGAUACGUUGUGGUUUAUAUAUUAAUAAUUGUAAUAUACUAUUAAAAUGUACUGUGCAUCCAUUGCUUUCUCUCUUUCCAUUCCCCAUCCUCAGAGAUCCUACUUCUUUUGUUGAUCAUUCAUGUAUUUCAUUAGUGUGUAAAGAAAUCACAGUUAACUUGUAAACAGAGUGCUGUCUUUGAUACCAGUGUAGUGGUCUUUGUUGUUCUCCCUUGCUCUACCUCUCCUUUCUCUCAUAUUUAUCCCUCUCCCUCUCGCGCUCUUUUUCUAUCUCCUGUAAUUACAAAGUAGAUGUUAUAUAGGACUCAUUAAUAUAAUACUUGUAGUGAAUAGUGGAUUUAGGACCAGUCAAGAUAGACCUUUCUCUAAAUGAUCAUGUUAUUCUGAGAUUUGCAGUCAAUUAUUUUGAUAGAGGUUCAUUGUAAUUUAUUCCCUGUAUGUUUUCUUUUUGGUUCGGUUUUGCCACUCUCACAUGGUUUCAGCUAACCAAAGCUCUCAUGGAUGAACAAUAGAGAACAGUUGCUGUAAGAUGGAAUUGUACACAAGGCAUUAUUUGGAUCCCCACCCUUGAAUGUUUUAAAAGGGGUGUGCCAUACUACCUUAAAUGCUAACGCUAGAUAUGCAAAACUGUUAUUUUUGAUUACUUUCUAAGAGGGACACACGUUAUAAUCAUGGACAAAGAUUUUAUGUAAAAAGUAUUUCAUAUUUUUUUAAGAAACAUACCAAUGAUUAUCACACUAGUCAUAGUUCUGCUUAAAUAGCAUGUUCACACUAUUUGUACACUUUGGAAAUAUCCCAUCUGCCUUUUAGACAAUACUGUUAUUGAACCUCUAAACUUUCAUUAAUAAGUCUAAUAGUUUAAAGCUUCCAUUCUGGGAACUAGCUUUUGUUUUAACCGGCAAUCAAUGUCGUUCACGCAUAUUGACGUUAUAGAGGCGUUAAUGUACGAAUAAAAGCGACCUACAGCAAAAGGCUCCAUUAAACAGAAGACUUCUGUCUCCAAAGCAAUAUUACAGCUGUUGAGGAUUUGGCUGUGAAUCAGGGAAUUCAUGUCCUGACAUUGGACCGGCACCCUAAACCUGUGAUUCACUGCUGAGAGGAGGAAGGAUGCUAUUUAAGCUUAAUUGAGUUUAAAUGCUCUAAAUUUCUAUAAAAUGCCAUGUCGAAGAAUGUCCAUAAUUCAAACCUGUUAGAUUCCCACAAACAGCUGCGUUUCAAGUAAAAACAAAACUAUUAUACAGCCUCAAGCUGUGUGCGCACGGCAAGUUAUUUUUUGAGUUUAAUUUCAAUGAAACAUAAUUCGAGUUAUUUCAUUAUUUCACCUCAUGGGGUCCUAAAAUUGAAUCCUGGCACAUUAAUAAAUAACAUUAGUGUCUAUUGGUUUUCUUCAUCCACUAUAAACUGUCACAUGACAUACAGUAAGCACAGUAAUUGCAGCUUUUGAUAGUGAUGCUAAACACAAAUUAUUCCAAUGAACCAGCAAGUAUACGGGACAAUGUGUUAUUUAGAAAUAAGCAAAGAGAUAUUAUCCCAAAAGACAAUGUCCACAUGUCCAAUAAUAUUCAUAAUUAUUGUUAAAUAAUAAAAGCAAGUAAUCGCAGUGGACAGGAAAAUCGAGUAUUUGAAAACCUAAAAUAAUAUCUAUUUAAAGAAAUAACAUGUUUCAAGUAGUAUCGCCUCAAUUGCACAUUUUAGUGUCAAAAAAAACAAUUUUAAUAGGAGUACCAACUUAUGUGUGCUAGCAAAGUUAGACACGGUUAAAGAAAGUGUUCCUCCCUUUCACUUGUUCCGUUUCAUUAUCUGAAUAUUUUAUCAACGAAUAAACUAUCACUAAAACCACCUACACACUGACAUCAGACGCUCGUCUAAUGAAAGUAUGAAAUAUAUUAUUUAGCUUUUCUCCCACUGUUGCAGCAACCUGGUGGCUCAGACUUAGAUGAACCCUCAUUCUCCCUCUCACAAUAUAAAAAUGGACUCUUCCAUUGUUUUGUGAUCCUGUAGCUUGGACUUUAAGGUAGCAUGGCUCCGUUGCUGUAAUUUAAUUUUAUCUCAAACUGACAGCAGUUUACAGCUGAUGAAUGUUACACAUCUUAGUAGACUAGCGUAUCCAUUUGGGAAAAGGGGCGGGGUCUUGAUUUAAGAAAAAGAAAUAUAAUCAAAAAAGAAAAAAAGUCAACCUGGAAGGUGUUGACAUUUGUAGUGUACUACCGUAUCCAUUUAAACUUGAAUCUUGAGGCAAGUGCUAGGCAAUGGCCAACCGAUUUAUCCCAUCCGCUGGGGGAGAAGCCCGCCCUGAAGCCACGCUCGGGACAUUUCUGUCCCCUUGAAUCUGUUUUAUGAAGAUGGACAACUGGCGUCAGGCGAGGACUGUUUCAGGCUCUGCUCUGUUUCCAAUGAACUGAACAGACUUUGAAGGCCCAUUGAACGUUCUUGAGCAUUGACGCCCAAAAGCGGCUUAUUGGUAGUGGGGCUAAUGGUUUUAAACCAGACCAUGUACACCCUUAUCUCUGAGAGAUACUGGAUGUUGUCACGGUGACCACGAAGUUAGUCUCCCGGUCCACGGAAGUGACUCUCGCUACCGACCGCCAUUUCUCGGGUCGACUCUCUCGUUUUUUUCCGGGACGCGAGGAUCGGUUCAUGUUCGGAAAAAGAUUUCGACCGAACCCUUCGAGGUGACGGAAGUAGCGCGAGUUCGACUGUACUGUCGCGUUUCAGGGCGACUUUCCCCCUCCAGUCCAAAACCAUUCGCCAUCUCACCCACGCUCAUGGCUGGAUAUAUACAAUUGCAAUGUAUAUGUGUAUAGAUGAAUAUAUAUAUUUGCAAUUUUCACCCAUUUGAACAAUGUUAGACUGGAGACCUCAGCUGUAGACAGAAUACUCUUCACACAGCUCCACCCAGGUUCAUUAUUAGCUUAUGUUCACCCACACGAGAGUUCACCCCUGGCGUGUUGUCGAGUUUGGAGCAGACCGCAUGGCCUAGAGGGGAGCCUGGAAGCUCUUCAGACUGCAUGGACGGCAGUGUGAGGCUCUGCUGUGCUUCCAUGUUUCUGCAGGCUGAGCACAGAGCUCUCUUCACUGCUGUCUGCCCAUUCCUAACACUUGCCCCUUUUUUUUAUGUUAACCGACUUUUUAUGGCGAGAGACAGACAGACUUGACUGACAUCUGAAAGCAUCUUUCAGGUUAUCAUAUGGCUUGCUUAAGCCCUGUUGUAAAAAUAUACUAAAAAAAAAAAGAA